AUGUAUUUGGCUAGUCAUACUAGACCGGACAUCAGCUUUGCCGUGAGCUUAUUAUCUAGAUUCGGUUCAUGUCUAACCUUAAGGCACUGGAACAGAGUGAAACAUCUGUUCAGAUAUCUGCAAGGAACAAAGGAUCUCGGUUUGUUCUACACCAACCGACCAGGAGAGAGUUUGGUUAGAUAUGCAGAUGCUGGGUACUUAUCCGACCCACACCAGGCUAGAUCUCAAACAGGUUAUGUGUUUAUACACAGUGGAGCCCCAAUAUGCUGGCGUUCCACUAAGCAAACCUUAGUGGCCACAUCAUCCAAUCACGCCGAGAUCAUAGCCAUGUAUGAGGCAAGCCGUGAGCUUGUUUGGUUGAGGAACAUGACCGGCCAUGUCUUAAGAGAGAGUGGUCUGGCCAUGGGACAAGAGAAAGAAGGGCCAACCAUCAUGUACGAGGACAAUGCAGCGUGCAUUGCUCAGCUCAAGGAAGGAUACAUCAAGGGAGAUAGGACAAAGCACAUCCUGCCCAAGUUCUUCUUCACCCACGACUUGCAGAAGACAAAGGAGGUUCAAGUAGUUCAAGUUCGAUCCAGUGACAACUCAGCCGACCUCUUCACCAAGUCUCUGCCAACCUCAACGUUCAGGAAGCUGGUUCAUCAGAUAGGGAUGCGCCGGCUGAAGGAUCUUCAGUGA